AUGUCCUUUUCGUUCGAGUUCUCGGGAGAUGACAUAGACGCGGGCAAGACAGAUGAGGGUUCGGCCUCACUGAAGGAAAAUGUGCAGCAACAGCGUCCGCAGCCUGCAGCAAAGACGACCGCUUUCCCCGUCCAGGGAAAACCACAGCUUCCACCAACAAAACAUGACCUCAGAAGGAUGCUGUCCAGCAUGCCGUCCAAGAUUGCUUACAGCCUGCUGGAUAUACCGCUUGACAGUGGUGAAACCAUACAGCUUCCUCGAAGAGAGCUAUGGGAUGUCAGGGUACAACUCAUGGCUGAAGAGGAAGAUGACACAGCACAUCCAGGCGAAGGGUUGGGCGAUCGAGACGUCAAGACUGGUGUUUAUGAAGGUGGGUUUAAAAGCUGGGAGAGCAGCGUCGAUCUGGUCAAGGUCCUGGCCACCCAGAGUCAUCCGGCAUCCUAUUCCAAUUCGCGAUCCGCUCGUAUCAUCGAGCUCGGCUGCGGGACUGGUCUCCCGUCUCUAGCCAUGUUCCAAUGGGCCAUGUCCCUACAGUCCUCACCAUCAAAUCGACAGUACAGCUUUGUUCUCGCCGACUACAAUCCAUCGGUGCUACAGCUUGUCACGUUGCCAAACUUUAUUCUUACUUGGGCACUACACCACCGGCAGAGUCUCGCCGGGCUGCAGGACGCCUUCUCAGUCGAUGGUGAGCUCGAAUUAUCACCAGCCAUCCUCGAGGGAUUCGAGACAUAUCUGCGCACGCACGGUAUGGAACUUUUGAUUCUGUCGGGCGGUUGGUCAGCCGAAUUUGUCGAGUUGCUCUAUUCCACUGCGAGUCAUGUAGCUGCCGCUUCGCCGGAACUAUCUCCCGUUUCUAUAUUAUUGGGCGCCGAAACCAUUUAUUCGCCGUUUGCCCUCCAGUUGUUCACGGAGACAGUGUUGGUUAUUCUAGAGCGAGAAAGGCUCCUUUUCGGGUCACAAGCCUCGGCAUGGGUGGCAGCCAAAAGAUUGUACUUUGGGGUUGGUGGCUCCCUGGACGACUUUGUAGACAAGAUUCGAGAAGGCGGUGCAAUAGUUACCAAGAUAAGAGAAGAAGCGGAUGGGGUCAGACGCGGGAUUGUUCGCUGUAUAUUGGCUUCGGCAUAA